ACAAACAUGCACAUACAACAGAUACAGUACAGCCACUCUGAACCACCCAAAAUCUUAGAAAUUCUCACACUUCCUAUCAGAAGAAAGCAGUAAAAUGGACUAAAUGCUAGCCGCAACUGAGUACAGUAACCACCAAAGCCGGCUGCCGGAGCCGAGCCAAAUCGAGUCAACCACACCAAGAGUUCUAACCAUUCUGUCAUCGGUGGUGGAGAAGCUGGUGGCAAGAAACGACAGGCUAGCUAAUGAGUUGAGCCAGCAGGCGGUGAAUGGGGUGAGUUGUAGCUUGGGCAGAGUUGGGAAGAGCUUGAACGCAUUUCAUGGGGUGAGGGCUCCGAGCAUAAGCAUACCAAAGUACUUGGAGAGAAUAUACAAGUACACCAACUGUAGCCCAUCGUGUUUUGUGGUUGGUUAUGUGUAUAUAGACAGGCUGUUGCAUAAACACCCUGACUCCCUUGUCAUAUCAUUGAAUGUCCACAGGCUGCUUGUUACAAGUGUUAUGGUUGCUUCUAAGAUGAUCGAUGAUAUACAUUACAACAACGCAUUCUAUGCUCGAGUUGGGGGAGUAAGCAAUGCGGAAUUGAACCGGCUUGAACUUGAACUGCUUUUCCUUCUAGAUUUUGGAGUUACUGUGAGCUCUAGAGUAUUUGAGAGCUACUGCUUGCACUUGGAAAAGGAGAUGCUGAUGAAUGGCACUGCCCUGAAGAUUGAAAGGUCCUUAAUCUCCAAUAAUGUAGACGAUGUGACUGAAAUAUCAAUCGAAAAUACUGAGAGUUGCUCUCCACCCUCAAGUAGUGGACACACCUGACUCAAAUUUUCUUCAUUUCUUUGCUGGCUUAGUGCAUACUUGUCAGAUAUAACCUCAAGUUAAAGUCAUGAUUUUGAUUUCCUUC